AUGUUCACUGGCCACUACGGCGGAAUUACAGCCAUCGAUUACGACAGCGAUCAGGGGCUGGUUGCUUCUGGCUCGCUUGACACACAGGUGCGGGUGUGGGACAGUGGCAGUGGCGAAUGCAAAUACACGAUAUCUGGACACAGCGAUAUUAUACGUGAUGUACAGUUUUAUGAUCGAUUCCUCAUCACUGGUGCCAACGAUGGCCGCAUGCGUAUGUGGGACCUCUCGCUGUUUGACUCUGUGCAGCCAAGACCAUCUACAAAGAUUAUGCGCGAAGAGUACGUUGCACCAUCGCGGGAUGGCAGUGGUUUGUGCUGCGAAAACACAUUUGUUGGCCACAAGGACGCUGUCACUUGCUUCCAGGCGUCGUAUGGCAAGCUUAUCUCUGGCGGUGCUGACAAGACUGUCCGCGAGUGGGAUCUGUCGACAGGCCAGUUGCGCCAGACGAUCGACGUCAACUGGGCUACCAAGGACUCGCAUUCGACGCGCGUUGCCGGCCGCAAUCUAGCAUCCGCACCAGUCGCUAAGCGUGGCACAGACGAAGGCGAUGGCGGAUUUAUUGGCGCGCUGCAGUUCUAUGAUUUUGCACUGGCUACAGGCACUGCUGAUGGCGUGUUGAGGCUGUGGGAUCUGCGCACUGCACAGGCACACCGGCAGAUGUUUGGGCACUCGCAGCCGAUCACGUCGCUGCAGUUUGACGAGCAGACGGUCCUGACGGGCUCGCUGGACGGCACAGCCCAGCUGUGGGACCUUGCGGUCGGGCCGGGUCCUGCAGACAUUAACCUAUGGGCGGCCAGUGACCAAGGUGCAGGUUGCUGA